AUGCAGCUAGAGCAGCAACAGCAGGAAGAUUCUUUUGUAAAUAAACGGCCCAAGCAGGAUUAUCCCCAACAGCAGCAACAGCAGCAGCAGCAGCAGCAGCAACAGCAGCAGCAGCAGCAGCAGCAACAGCAGCAGCAGCAGCAGCAACAGCAGCAGCGUCGUCAGCAGCGCCACCACCAGCAGCAGCAACAGCAGCAGCAGCAGUAA